AUGGCUGCGUGGACCUCUGCCAAGGGCGCUCUCCUUCCGUGGGCUCGCAGCAGCAGCGGCCAUGGCGGCCUCUCGAGUGUCCUGGCAAGGGCGUUGGCUUUGGCUACGGCCGGAGGAGGAGACGGCUGCUCGCUUCUCCCGCGCCGGUGGCAGUCGUCGCUGCCGCAGCUCGACCACGUCGACAGGUCCGACGAGGAGAGCGGCGGCGGCGGCGAGAUCGACUGGGACAAGCUCGGCUUCGGCCUCACCCCGACCGACUACAUGUACGUCACGCGGUGCUCGCCGGAGGACCGCGGCGACUUCCCCCGCGGCGAGCUCUGCCGCUACGGCAACAUCGAGCUCAGCCCCUCCUCCGGCGUUCUCAACUACGCCCAGGGGCUGUUCGAGGGGAUGAAGGCGUACCGGCGGCCGGACAAGGCCGGGUACACGCUGUUCCGUCCGGACGAGAACGCGCGGCGGAUGCAGCACGGCGCCGAGCGCAUGUGCAUGCCGGCACCGUCCGUGGAGCAGUUCGUCCACGCCGUCAAGCAGACGGUCCUCGCCAACAGGCGCUGGGUGCCGCCGCAGGGAAAGGGAGCUCUGUACCUCCGGCCUCUGCUGAUGGGGAGCGGCCCGAUUCUUGGGCUGGCUCCGGCCCCCGAGUACACCUUCCUCAUCUACGCCGCACCCGUCGGGAACUACUUCAAGGAGGGCCUGGCGCCCAUCAACCUGGUGGUGCAUGACGAGUUCCACCGCGCGAUGCCCGGCGGGACCGGCGGCGUCAAGACCAUCGCCAACUACGCGCCGGUGCUGAGGGCACAGACGGACGCCAAGAGCAAGGGGUUCACGGACGUGCUGUACCUGGACUCGGUCCACAAGCGCUACCUGGAGGAGGUGUCGUCGUGCAACGUGUUCGUCGUCAAGGGCGGCGUCGUCGCCACGCCGGCCACCCGGGGCACCAUCCUGCCGGGCAUCACGCGCAAGAGCGUCAUCGAGCUCGCCAGGGACCACGGACACAAGGUUGAAGAACGCCUCGUUUCCAUCGACGAUCUGAUGGGUGCAGACGAGGUAUUCUGCACCGGGACCGCGGUGGUGGUUGCUCCGGUGUCCACAGUUACGUACCAGGGCAACAAGUACGAAUUCAGAACGGGCCCGGACACGGUGUCGCAGGAGCUGUACACGACUCUGACAUCCAUUCAGAUGGGCCUGGCCGAGGACAAGAAGGGAUGGACAGUAGCAGUAGAGUAG